AACACGUACGCUAGUAAUGCUGGGCUCAGACGACCACGGAGAGACUCUCAAGCGGAACGGUACCGGAAUGAAGCGUCCGCUGAGUCCUGUUGAAGACGGGUUGCUGACCGAACAGACUGGGCAUGAGGGCAUGUCCUCUGAUGGGGUGGAGUUUAUAAGACAGGACGUCCCACCUAUAAACUCUCGUCCGAAGCGGGAGCGCAAACACAGGUCGUACACACUCUGUGAAGUGUGCAACAUUCAGCUGAACUCCGCAGCACAAGCACAGAUACACUACAAUGGCAAAACACACCAGAAAAGACUCAAACACAUAAACAACAGCAGCACAGGUAUGGCUGCUCAGGGGAGCCCCCUGCUGGCCUCAUUACCGGUGCAGGGUCGCCCACUUCAGACCCCUCUGGACCUGAAACACUUCCUGCCCUUCCGGCUCAGUGGCUCCUCCCCCCUCAACCUGUUCCCCAACUUCAACACUAUGGACCCGGUGCAGAAGGCUGUGAUAAACCAUACGUUUGGUGUUCCUCAGUCCCUGAAGAAAAAACAGGUCAUCUCAUGCAAUAUCUGCCACCUGCGCUUCAACUCCACGAAUCAGGCUGAGGCUCAUUAUAAAGGCCAUAAACAUGCUCGUAAGCUGAAAGCUUUAGAGGCUCAGAAGAACAAACAGCAGAGGCGACAACUCGACAACACACAUCACAACCGAGACAGAGAGAAGGACCGAGAGAGGGAAAGGGAGAGAGACAGCAGCAGAGUGAAAACGAGCGCUCCAGAUCCACUUCCUGCCCUGCUGGAUGACACCGCCAUGGAGGAAAGUAAGUGA